GGCGGGACGGAAGAGGCGGUGCAUUGGUUUGCGCUUCUGCCGGCGGAAUCGGAAGAAGUCACCGCCGGCAUGGGUCGCAAGAAGAAGGGCCGGCGCGAUGGAACUGCGACGCUCCGGAGGGUCGUGUCUUUCGAUGAGAAGAGUCGGCAGGAGUUCUUGACAGGGUUUCACAAACGUAAGGUUGAGAGGAGGAAAGUAGCUUUGGAGGAAAUAAAGCGCAAACUGAAGGAGGAAGAAAAGAAAAUGAAGGAAGAGAGACAUAAAGAAUACAUGAAGAUGUUGAAGGAGAGAGAAGAAGCCUUAAAGGAAGCUGAUGAGUUGGAACAUUUAGUGACAUCUCAAACAGAAUCGGUGAGCUAUGAUCACCCAAACCAUACGGUCACUGUUACUACCAUCAGUGACUUGGACCUUUCUGGUGCUCGUGUGCUGGGGCUAACUGAGAAUGAAAAUACUGACCCGGAAGGAGAAGAUACCUUGAAUACAUCUACAUUGCCUAAGAAAGCUAGAGAUCCUCUUCUGUCUGAGAGAAUUUCUUCCCUCACCGCUUCUCUGCAUUCCCGUACUCAGAAAAAGGGAAAAAGGAAAAAGAUCAACCACAAACAAGGAACAAAGAACAGAGCCCAAAACACAAGAACAGGACGAACGAGCAAGUCCCAGCGCCGGAAAAUGACAGGCAGGAGGAGGCAUGUCCAAGAUUGAAUGGCUGACACAUGGACUAUUAAACUCUACUAAUUGGCUUGGAGGAAGAUCAGUGUUAUGUGAACCCAAUCUGCUCAGGAUUGCAAAGGAGAGGUGAUACUUGGUGUUCCAGGAGCUAAGAAACGUUGAAUCCAUACAAGUUAAGCAAAUCUAAUCUUGGUUUGUGUAGGUCUCCUGCUGGGAAAGGCCUCUCUCAUUCAACUUCCCCUUAUUUGGGUGGACAAAGGCCCUUUUUCCCAGAGAGAGAUUAGAUCCCUGAUUAAUAUCAUGUUUCCCAAGAUUGGUGGAGACCACAUUCAUAAUUGCAUUCAAGUUCUUAUCUCCAUGCAGUAACAUUUCAUGUGUUGGGUUCAGAAAAAGAAACAAGUAUAAAAGAGUAGCCAUGGUCAACAAGGUGUUCUCCGCUUGUUGGGACAAACACCCAAAUAUUGUGCAACACAUCCGUCAAGUAUCAAGUUGGGUAAGGUUGUCACAGAUAAUAGCAAUAUUUUCUUCUUGCACAUUUUUUUACUAUUAUUCAUAUUAAUUUUCAUCUCUUGAUGAGAAAACAUGUUUCUCAUAAAUCCUUGUGACACAUGCCAAUGAUUACAUCACUAAUAAACAAGCAUUGAAGAUAAAAGUAGUUGUUAACUUUUUGAAUUGUUUUUGCUCUCGUGGCAAAACAUAGAAGCUGCCCCCAUUCCCAGUAGGUCCCAAGGAGUAAUUUGCUGA